UUCUCCACAAUUCCACAAACUCAAAUUACCCAACUUCUUAAACACAUUCCCAUCAGCUCACAAACCAUUAACCAAGAGCCAACCGAGAGAAAGAGAGAAAGAUCAAACGUAGGAUUCAAUCAACUAUCAAGCAAUGGCAUCGAUGACCAUGACCGCUACUUUCCUCCCGGCCAUCGCCAAGCUUCCCUCAGCCACCGGCGGACGAAGGCUCUCGGUAGUCAGAGCCUCCACGAGCGACAACACACCCAGCUUACAAGUCAAGGAACAGUGCAGCACCACAAUGAGGAGGGACCUCAUGUUCACGGCUGCAGCUGCAGCGGUUUGUUCUUUGGCUAAAGUAGCCAUGGCUGAAGAAGAAGAGCCCAAGCGAGGGACAGAGGCGGCCAAGAAGAAAUACGCACAAGUUUGUGUCACAAUGCCUACGGCCAAGAUCUGCCGCUACUGAUUCAACAAACCACCUUCUUCAUGCCUAUCCCUCUCUUUCAAUUUCGGUAAAUUUUCUCAAUUAAGUUUGGUCUGUAAUCGUAUAUUGAUCAAUUUACUAAAAGCCCUUUCAUUGUUAAGUUGUUAACUAGAA